UAAAUUAAAAAAGUAUAAGAAUGUUUAGCAAUAGAGCUUCAUAAAAAUUUUCUGCUCUGAUUUGAAAAUCGUCUCAUAUACAUCAAGAAUGUCUGAAACGCACAAGGACUUUUUAGACCUAAACAACGCAACAUUGACUUGGAAGAGGGAUUCUCAUGGUGUUGAGAGUGGGAAAAUACAAAACUGUAAAGCAAUUAAGAGGAAAAAAAAAUCUAGCACCUGUGAAUGCUUGGACUUAUUUCGAAACUUACAGCAGGGAAACACAAUACCAGAAAAAACUGCGUUACAAUUUCCUCACCACAAACAUCACGGCUCCCAAAUUAUGGAGAACUCUACUGAGCCGAUAACAGAAUUUUUAUAUGAAAAUGGGACUGAAGCAGUUGAAGAAAUCAAUUGUCAAAAUUACGCACUCGGCAAUGCCAUGAAAUCAAUUAUAACAGAUUGUAUUCCUGUUAUUAAGGAAUCAUCUUUGAAAAUCCCAGCAUGUAUUCAAAUGGAAAAUAGUCAGACAAAAUCCAAGACUAAGUUGACAGAAGUAAGCAUAGACAAUAGUUCUUCAUCUUUCCUACCGGAUUUCAUUAAACCUGAAACGGCAUAUGAUCCCUUAAAGUUUCGUUCAAUUAAGAACCUGAAUAAGUAUUUACUUUCAGCUAACAUGCAUGAUCAAAGUGAAGGGAAUGCAAAAGAAGUUAAUAAAAAUUAUGUUUGUAAUGUAAAAUCGUCGUUUAAUAAAAACUCUACACACAUCGUAGAGGAAGAAUUGAGAGAAGAGGUGGAGACAUGUAGCCUAUAUAGAUAUGCAGAAGCAUAUACGGAGGAAUGCAAUUCAGAAAAUGUAGAAUCUUCGGAAUCAUGCUCUGACAAUGAAGAAAUAAAAUUGAAGUGCAUAGCCCAGAAACAGGAUUUGCCCCCAUGUUCCCUAAACAAAAGUAUGAAUGCAUUAAAAAUAGGAAGAGGGCUUAAAAUUGAUGACAAAUUUGCUAAAUAUUUUGGAAUUACAACAUUUCAAACAAAAAUAGAAAGUCAACCACAUUCAACAAAAUUUAAAAACGGUAGUCCUGCUGUAAUGAGUAACCAUAAUAUUUAUAAGUGCAGCUUAGAAGGUUUGAAAAGUGGAGUAAUGUCCAGACUUGAUGAUAGACAUGCUAAAUAUUUUGGAGUUCCGGAAAGAAAAGUGAAAAAAGAAAAUGAUAACACUAAAAAGUCGAUAGGUACGUCUAAAAAAUAUACUGAAAAUGUUGAAAACGGAGUUAUUAAACAUCAGAAAAUAGUUGAGAAUAACUAUUCUAGAGAAUCAGGUACUUCCAUGAUAAAUAAACCUGUACUGAAAGCAUGUUCCAUUACAAAUAAGUUCAUAUGCACUGUACCCUAUGUAAAGGUAAAUAAUUUCGACGAUAUUUUAAUUUCGGAUGAGGAAUAUCGUAAUACUUUGACGGAUUUUGAUAGAUUAUUCGUGUUUAAAGCAUAGCUAGACAGGCAAAACGUUUUUAAAUAUAUUAACAAAAAAUUAUAUAUCUUUAUUUACUAAAUUCUAUUUAAUUUUAAUUUGUAUUUA